CUGAAAGCGACUUUAGAGGUAACCUACUCUAGAUUUUAAUCGAACAAUUAUUAAAGUCUGCAAUUUCCAGCUGAUAAUGGAUGUUUACAAUUUGAAUGCGAGUUUGGUGAGUUAUAUAUUUUAAAGAAAAACUAUACUUUUGAUUUCGAACAUUUUGCAAAUCAAGAGAGAGAGUGAGAUAGAGACAAGGAAACACAAACUUCCCAGUUAGAAAAAAAAUAAGCGUGACAUGUUUCACGUCAAACUGCAAAUUUUGUUCGCUCGCUUAACUUGACUCGUAAAAUAAGUGAAAAUUCAAUUUGAAUUAUAGAUCGACGAAAAAAUGAAGCUCAGCCCAACUCAACAACGGGAGAGUCCAGUUGACAGAUCGUAAGUCUUAAACUUCAAAAUCGAAUGUAAUUUUCACAAAAAACGAAUUUUCAGUGAAUCUGCAGCUUCAACUGAAACCGAUGGACUCAAAUCUGAAGGUAUUCCAAUGGAAGAAGAGUUAUCGGAAGUAGACGAACAAGUUCAAGAAAAAACCGAAGAGAAUAGUGAACAAAUUGUUGAGGAACAAAAAGAAGAUGUUGUUUCUAAAAAUGAAGAAGUUCUUCAAUGUGAGAAAACUCAAAUUAUAUUUAUUUGUCAGAAAAAUUCAAUUUAAUAUUUUUCAGUUCCGGAACAACAAGUUCAACCAAUUGGUGGAUCAAGAAAGAAGAUUGGCAACUUUUUCGGAGUUUCCAAUUUCUCCAAUUCAGCAAAACUUAUCAAAUUCUUCGGUGUUCAAGAUUUCACUGAGGAAAUCUAUACCAAUGCAUCAACUCAUUAUGCUCGCAUAAAAGAAGAUCGAACUGGAAUUGUUCGUAAAUUUGCGGAUUUCUCGACCAAGUAUGGUAUAUUAUCUUUUUUUCAAAGUUCAAAAUGUUUUUAUUUCAGAACUUUCUCUGCUAUUUUCAUAGCUUUUCUUCUUUAUCUUUCGAUUUUGGCUGAAAUGUUCAUCAAAGUUUUGCCAGCUCGUUUCGAACCACACAUUCGCCGUUUUGUUCCAAGACCACAAAACGAACACGAACAUAACGAAUAA